AUGCUUUGGGCUUUUGUCGCCACGUGGUAUCGCGUGCCUGGACACUAUGGUUAUCCUGGAAGAAACACUUAUCAAGCUAUUUUGACCACAAAUGGGCUUUACUCUUUUGUAUUAUUUACCUACUAUCAAUUGGAAUGGGCAGAUGGAAGGUGGGGUGGAUAUCCACAGGUUGGUUUUAAUGCUGGUGAUCAAAUCAAUUAUUUUACUCUCGAUCUAUCAUUCUCUCCCGAUGUGAUUAAAAUUGUGAACAUGUCGAACAUCGGAGUGCCAGGUCAAUAUGUCUUUCAUACUACCGGCAAUAUCAGUAAUGUUGAAUGUGAGACUAACGGUGGUUUCCUCAGUACUCCAACUCGUGGAUCACUGUAUGGCGGUUAUGAACUACGAUUGCACGGUAUAUGUUUCAAUGAAACAUCAUAUCAGGUUGAAAUCGAUGGGCAACUCCUCACGGACUGUCAAUUGUAUGCUCCACUCUAUAUUAUUUGCAUAAUGCCAAUGGUAUUUGGCGGUACAAUUCAAAUUCGAUUGUUUGCUAACAACGAUAGUCAUCCAAUAGCUGGCACUGAUUUCGUAACAUUUGUACCUGAGGAUAAUGCUGAAAUUUUAUUAAGUAACUACGCUGAACUGACUCAAUUAACCGAAGCGAACAAUGAUAAUGAUGAGUUCACGAUGAGGUUUCGUUCCAAUGCCAUCACAAACAAAUACUUGUUUCAAAUAAGCGUCUAUGACUAUGCAGCCCAACAGGAUGAAAACAACGGAACACUCUACAAUCCUAUUAAGCUGCAUGUUGAACUUGGUCUGACAAAUCUUAACCUGUCAUACAUUGGUAAUAUAACAAUUCGUUAUGACUCCAUAAUUCCUACUAUUGGUGAACCCGAAAAUCGUGUUCACUCAUUAGGCAUUACUUUUGACGUUGUUUCAGCGGCACAGUCGACACGGUAUGUUGUGCCGUUAAUCAAGUGGGGUUUCCGUAUUUAUAAAGCACAGAAGUUCAUCCGUGAUAAUUAUUGUUCAGUUUGGCUCCGCUUUCAACCAGAUGCCUCUUUCUAUAUUAAUCAGAUUCCUCCAUGUCCGUGCCGAGUACAGACAACAUGGAACAAUGAUUUUAUGGGUUAUACAGCUGACCCUAAAUGUGAUGGAAGCAAGCCAGCAAGCGAAACGUGCUCAUAUCACAAGGGUGCCAAAGGCUGCUAUCGAAAGAAAUCNNNNAAUUGUUGUUAA